GCACCAUUCAAUCAGUAAAGAUCAGUUUCAAUUCGUCGCGAUCAAGAUGAGAUCCUGGUAUUUGACACUCAGCCUGUUGCUAAUCGCAGCAUCCAUAUUUCACUCCGCUGAAGCUCGAGGCGGAAGGGGGCGUGGCGGUGGUUCAUUUGGAGGCCUCUUCGGCGGAUGGCGCAAGUACAAGAAACCAUCUUCGUCGGGCGGUGGAAGGCGGGUGGUGAACGGUUCGCCGGUGCACACGGCGAUGACGGUGCCAAAACCACCACCACCACCUGCACCACCGAAGCCGAUAAUGCCCUCCAAACAGCAGAUUCCCAGCUAUCCGCGCCAGCAAAUGCCAGCGGGCUACGGCUACGGAUCGUAUCCUGGCCAAGGAAGCGGGACGUACUACGCAAAUGCCCAGGCUUUGCCAGCGGGAGCGGUUUACUACGCCCAACCACCUGUGGGAAUGAAUAGGGGACUGGGCACUGGGGAUUUCCUAACCGGAAUGCUGGCGGGUCACAUGAUGAACAACCUGCUGUUUGGCCACCGUCACCACGCAUACCACAGAAAUCGAGAGGAAGUUCCGUCACCGGAGGGAAAUGGUCGCCAGAUCAUUAUCGUGAACAAUGGUCAACAGGCGGGAGUUGCGCAGAACGAAACCACCAUUUCGGGGGAAGCCUCUGCUGUAGUGCCUCCUGAAAAUCCAAUAACAGAGGAGGAGGAGGAGGGGCAGGGCGAGGGGGGAGGGGGAAGUGAGUCCGUUUCCAGCGAGGAAUCCCCGGAAUUCGAGGCCACUCCUCAACCAUAUCCAGAUGGCGGCAUCAUAUGCUUUCCCAUCAUGCUCAACGAAACAGAUCCCGAAAACUCGGAGGUGAUGCGAGAAGUCGAGCGGGUGGUUUGCUUUCCAGCACCGCCCCACAAUCCGGACAUCCAGCCCACCAUAACCACUGAGCCACCCAUUGUUGCCGGCGAUAUUGUCAGUGGUGCGGAGAAUGGCUCGGAAGGCGGUGGACGUGAUGAGGUCAGCAAUGGCGGCAGUGGUGGCCCAAUCGAGCUGGCCAACUUUGUUGCCACAAGAGCUGCCGCACUGGAAGUGCGCUCCUCUUGAGUACUCCUAAGAUAGACUAUAAGUAAAAUAAAGUUAAAUAAACAUUGAUAACUUA